UCCGGUUCGGAGCGUUCACGUGACAGGAUACGGGAAGUGGCGGGUUCUGGCUGCUCUUGGUCUCUGCUCAAUGAGCGGUGGUUCGUAUUGGCUGUCGCUGCCGGUGCCCUUCCAGUGUCGGUCUCGGAGCACCCGCCUCCGCCGGGCCGGCCUCGCGCUGAGAAAAGAUGACAGCAAUCAAGCAUGCGUUACAGAGAGAUAUCUUCACACCAAACGAUGAGCGCCUGCUGAGUAUUGUGAAUGUCUGCAAAGCGGGCAAAAAGAAAAAGAACUGUUUUUUGUGUGCCACAGUGACAACUGAACGCCCCGUGCAGGUGAAGGUGGUCAAAGUCAAGAAAUCUGACAAAGGAGAUUUCUACAAAAGGCAGAUUGCUUGGGCCCUCCGAGACCUGGCUGUGGUAGAUGCCAAAGAUGCCAUCAAAGAAAAUCCUGAUUUUGAUUUACAUUUUGAAAAAAUCUAUAAGUGGGUUGCCAGCAGCACUGCUGAAAAGAAUGCAUUCAUUUCAUGCAUUUGGAAACUGAAUCAGCGCUAUCUCCGCAAGAAGAUCGACUUUGUCAAUGUUAGCUCACAGCUUUUGGAAGAACUGCCUAAAGUAACAGAAGAAUCUGUUCCAAGUGGAGAAAAUCAGAGUGUGACAGGAGGGGAUGAAGAAGCAGUAGAUGAGUACCAGGAGUUAAAUGCAAGAGAAGAGCAGGAUAUUGAAAUAAUGAUGGAAGGCUGUGAAUGCGCCAUCUCUAAUGCCGAGGCCUUUGCAGAGAAGUUGUCCAGAGAGCUGCAGGUGCUAGAUGGGGCUAACAUUCAGUCAAUCAUGGCCUCUGAAAAACAAGUGAAUAUCCUGAUGCAGUUGCUGGAUGAGGCCCUAAAGGAGGUGGAUCAAAUUGAACUGAAACUGAGCAGUUACGAGGAAAUGCUCCAAAGUGUGAAAGAGCAAAUGGACCAGAUCUCGGAAAGCAACCACCUGAUUCACCUCAGCAACACCAAUAAUGUGAAGCUGCUGUCUGAGAUAGAGUUCCUCGUGAACCACAUGGACUUGGCCAAAGGUCACAUAAAGGCCCUUCAGGAAGGAGAUCUUGCUUCUUCCAGAGGCAUCGAGGCCUGCACCAAUGCUGCCGAUGCUCUUCUGCAGUGCAUGAAUGUCGCUCUUCGGCCAGGCCACGACAUGCUCCUGGCCGUCAAGCAGCAGCAGCAACGCUUCAGUGACUUGAGGGAGCACUUUGCCCGGAGACUGGCCAGUCAUCUCAACAAUGUUUUUGUUCAACAGUUUACUCAGGCCCUCCUUCAGCUCUAUAGCAGGUCCUACUUUCUUUCGGUUCCUGGUCAUGAUCAGAGUUCAACUCUUGCUCAGCACUCUGUUGAACUGACUCUACCCAACCAUCAUCCAUUUCAUAGAGACUUGCUCCGAUAUGCCAAGCUGAUGGAGUGGCUAAAGAGUACAGACCAUGGGAAAUACGAGGGGCUGACAAAGAAUUACAUGGAUUAUUUAUCCCGACUAUAUGAAAGAGAAAUCAAAGAUUUCUUUGAAGUUGCAAAGAUCAAGAUGACUGGCACCACUAAAGAAAGCAAGAAGUUUGCUACACUGCCUCGAAAAGAAAGUGCUGUCAAACAGGAAACAGAGAGUCUCCAUGGAAGCUCUGGGAAACUCACUGGAUCGACUUCUAGUCUGAAUAAACUGAGUGUUCAGAGCUCAGGCAAUCGCAGGUCCCAGUCAUCUUCCCUGCUGGAUAUGGGGAACAUGUCUGCCUCUGACCUCGAUGUUGCCGACAGAACCAAGUUUGAUAAGAUCUUUGAGCAGGUGCUGAGUGAGCUGGAGCCGCUGUGUCUGGCAGAACAGGACUUCAUAAGUAAAUUUUUCAAACUACAGCAACAUCAAAACAUGUCUGCAUCAAUGACUGAAGCAGAGGAUGUGGAUGGUGGCUCAUUAACACGACAGCAUAGUUCCGGCACACUGCUGCCUAUUUCAUCUGAGAAAGAUAUGAUUCGCCAAAUGAUGAUCAAAAUAUUUCGUUGUAUUGAACCUGAACUGAACAAUUUAAUUGCAUUAGGAGACAAAAUCGACAGCUUUAACUCCCUUUAUAUGUUAGUCAAGAUGAGUCAUCACGUGUGGACUGCACAGAAUGUGGACCCAGCCUCUUUCCUAAGUACUACACUGGGAAACGUCUUGGUGACUGUGAAGAGGAACUUUGACAAAUGCAUUAGUAACCAAAUAAGGCAAAUGGAAGAAGUAAAGAUCUCAAAGAAAAGUAAAGUAGGAAUUCUUCCAUUUGUUGCUGAAUUUGAAGAAUUUGCUGGACUUGCAGAAUCAAUCUUCAAAAAUGCUGAACGUCGUGGCGAUCUGGACAAAGCAUACACCAAACUAAUCAGAGGAGUGUUUGUUAAUGUUGAGAAAGUAGCAAAUGAAAGCCAGAAGACCCCCAGGGAUGUUGUUAUGAUGGAAAACUUUCACCACAUUUUUGCAACUCUUUCUCGUUUGAAAAUCUCAUGUCUGGAAGCUGAGAAAAAAGAAGCCAAGCAGAAGUACACUGAUCACCUGCAGUCUUAUGUCAUUUCCUCUUUAGGACAGCCUCUUGAAAAACUAAACCAUUUCUUUGAAGGCGUUGAAGCCCGAGUAGCCCAGGGCGUACGGGAGGAGGAAGUGAGCUACCAACUUGCAUUCAACAAGCAAGAGCUUCGCAAAGUUAUUAAAGAGUACCCUGGCAAGGAAGUAAAGAAGGGUCUGGAUAACCUCUACAAGAAGGUUGACAAGCAUUUAUGUGAAGAGGAGAACUUACUGCAGGUGGUAUGGCACUCCAUGCAAGAUGAAUUUAUACGCCAGUACAAGCACUUCGAGGGUUUGAUAGCUCGCUGCUACCCUGGGUCUGGAGUUACAAUGGAAUUCACUAUUCAGGACAUUCUGGAUUAUUGCUCCAGCAUCGCACAGUCCCACUAAAUAAGCCUUGUAAAGGAGAAAAAGAAAUGAACACACACUCUCAGUACACCAACACUACAUAAAAAAAAAUGAAGCAAGUGCUUCGAGAAGCCAGACUCAAACGACUGUGUGUUACUGACUGUCAGAUAAUGUGUAGUACUCUGCUGCAGAUACUGAAGUACGGAACAAUAGCUGUGGGUCAGUCUUAUUUGGCCUCCAGGUGAUGUACUUCUUUAAGCAUCUAGCUCAUCGUGAAAUGCCUUCAGCACUUCUCAGUGACUGGGCAGGACAUUUUCCUUCAUUGUCGGCUUCUUGUGUUUUGAGUGGCUGUCCUGAGUGAAGCAGUGGAGGUUGUCGGCACUCACUGCCCGCCGGUUGCUAACAAGUCAUGGACUCUGAAAGCAUUACACAGUAUUGUCGGCGCCUUGUCUAACCAGGGUGCCCAUGGGAAGGGAGCUGAGGAGCUGGCCAGUUGCCAGCCUGGGUUUUGAGGAUCUUGUGGCUCUGUAUAUGAAAUAAAGAACAUUUUUUAAAGUUGA